UGAUCUAAUUAUUCGACAUGAGCCAUGUGGGAAAAGAAAUAUUGAACUAAAGAAAAGCUUCCUCACUGGACCUACAGUUAGUCGUUUUUCUGCAGUACUUCUGUUGCUAAAAAUGGAGAAUGUACUGGGAGAGGUGGUGAAGGUCCACCCGGUGGCCUUGUUCACGAUUGUGGACAGUUACGAGCGACGGCCAGAGCUGGGGAAGCGGGUAAUUGGCACACUCAUGGGUACCAGCGAGAAAGGGGUUGUGGAAAUCAGAAGCUGCUAUGCUGUACCUCAUAACGAGACUGAUGGCGAGGUAGCUGUGAAUAUGGAGUUUGUAAAGCAAAUGUCAUCUUUGCAACAUCUCGUCAAUAAGACGGAGAGUGUUGUCGGAUGGUUCUCAACAUUCUCGUUCAGUGAUCGUCCCAAGUACGGCACAGUUCCUGAGAAUAUGAUGCAUUCUGUACUCAUACAUGACUACUACAGUCGCCUAGCAACCGGCCCCAACGCCAUCUUCCUCACACUAGACACCACCUUGAGAACAGGUCGACUGGAGAUUAAAGCUUUUGUCAAGUUUAAAGUGGGACUACCUAACAAGACAGCUGGGGUCAUCUUUACCCCCAUUCCCUGUGAGGUCGUGUACUUUGAACCUGAGCGAGCAGGAGUGCAGUUACUGAGAGAGACGGUUGGUAGCGGCAAUAGUCCCAUCAAGAGUGACUUUGAGCAUCUGGAGAGUGCCACUGAGUCUAUUGGACAGCUGCUGGAAAAGUUAGUCAAGUAUACAGCAGAGGUCAUGGCGGGCACUAUCCCUGGUAAUGGCACAGUAGGACGGUUGCUAAUGGAAACCAUCUCUAGAGUACCUAAAAUCGAAGGACCAAAGUUUGAAUCUCUUCUUAACUCUACAAUGCAGGACCUACUGAUGGUGGUGUAUUUGGCAGAGCUGACCAAGACGCAGAUGACACUUGGAGAGAGACUAUCGCAAUUCAAAUCACCAAAUUAAUUAGCUCUUUAUAAUUAUGAUAUGCGUGUCUAUAUAAUAUUGUUAAUGAAUAAAAGUUUGUACAAAAUAUUUUAUAAAAGUGAAA